AUGAGCAACAACAACCACAACAAUGGAUCACAGUUUGGGGACACUACGCUGACCAAAGUGUUCGUCGGAGGUCUUGCUUGGGAGACUCCGAAAGACACGCUCAGAGAACAUUUUGAAAAGUACGGAGAAAUCCUUGAAGUUGUUAUCAUUUCCGAUAAGGUUACCGGCAGAUCCAAAGGCUACAAAUUUGUAACGUUCAAGGAAGCAGAGGUGGCAAAUAAGGCUUGCGAGGAACCGACUGUCAUGAUCAAUGGCCGCCGAGAAAACUGCAAUAUCGCAUCUCAUGGUGCUCACCGUCAAAGGCCUGCUCCCGCCUUCAAGGAAUGA